AUGCAGCUGGUUAAAGUAGAAACGUGCAAACAAAGUGAGACGAAAGCAACGAGGGCUUCAUAUACACCUGGUCUGAAAUCUAAUCGCAGGCCUUUUCCGAUCCACCUUGAUCUUUGGUUUCCUCCCCGAUGCACUUGUCUUUUUGCUUUGGAUCAACAUAUGCUCUGGAUUCUAACAUAUGGUUGGUUAAUUCUUGGAAUAUUGGUUUGUGUGCAGGUGAGUGUCCCUGGGAACAGCAUGCUCAACAUUGUGACAGUCCGGUGUGGGCACUGCACAAACCUACUUUCCGUGAGCCUGAGAGGGCAGAUGCACUCACCAGUCCCUCCCGCACCACAGGUCCAGGAGAGUAGCCUGAGCAAGCCCAAUGGCAUGAACAGCUUCAUUCGCGAUCACAGCAGCGUCUACAAUAACCCGGAGUUUGGUUCGUCUUCUUCUUCAUCGUCGUCCAAAUUCGGGAUGCCGACGAUGAUGUUCUCGUCGCAAAACGAUCUGCUGCAGGAACAAACACUGCACGCACGUCCUCCGGAGAAGAGGCAGCGUGUUCCUUCGGCGUACAACAGAUUCAUCAAGGAAGAGAUACGAAUGAUCAAAGCAAACAACCCCGACAUUAGCCACAGGGAAGCCUUCAGCACUGCCGCAAAGAACUGGGCACAUUACCCAAACAUCCAUUUUGGUCUAAACCCCGAGCGCGACGGUGGCAAGAGGCUGGCCGUCGACGAUGCCGCGCCGGCUGCCAAGAAGAUCCACGGUUUCUGUUCAUAG